AACCAGUCAUCCUGUGAACACCAUCGAGUGACGACCUACUCUGCUGCUUGUCCUGCUCCGCUUCUUAAGCUUUUGCGCUACACAAUGGCCGCUCACGGAAUCACCUUCGCCGCCCUCCUCCUCGCCCUGGCCGCCCUCACGCACGCAGCCGACACCACCAACAAAAACGACGCACGACUUCUCUUCGAAGACGCCGACAAAUCCGUCACCAUAGGCGUCGAUUCCGUCUUCUACAUCGGGGUCAUCGCCGUCGGCCUGCUCUUGGUCGCGUCUUUCCUGGGGCUCUUCGGGACAACGGCCAAGGUUGCUCAGCCCUACGACUACGACUACGCCUCCGCUACCUCUUAUGCUGCCCCUGCUCCAGCCUACGAUGACAAGACCACCUUCGUUCAUCAAUUGAUUGAUGAUGCUGUCAACAAGUUCCAGUAGAGACCGCGAACAUAAAUAUUCGAGAAUCGAAUAUGCUUACAGAACGAAAUACCUGUUGUUCUGUGCAUUUAUUUUCAAACUGUUCAACUUGCUGUGAUUUUUCUUUUUCUCCUGGUCGUCACAGUAGACAGUGGAACCUGUGAUUGAUCUGUUGAUCUUUUGUUUGUUAUAUUUGAUUUAAUUUAU